AAAAAACUCCUUUAAAUAAAGAUCCCUCCCUCAUAAAUUGCAGAAUCAGAGCCGUAGCAGAAGGCCAGACAUUUAUCUGUUUUGAAAAUGUUUAGGGAACCCACCGACGACGGGAUAUUGCCGGUACCGUCCGGGCUUCCGCACAGCGAUCCAGAAUCCCGCAGAUAAUUUAAUGCGGGAUAAGGAUCGUCGGACAAUUACUUUUAAGGGAAGCCAGAGAUGGAAAGAUGAGAGCACUGCGCUCGCUGUCCUGCCUCUUUAUUCUGUAGCACUUGGUUUAUGUAGACAGAAGCAUAAAAAUGCAACUUUUAUGGGCAUCGUUUUGAGUUUCAGUGGCAACUGUUGUGGUUCCUGAAUGACGAAAAGUGCGGGUUCAGGUGGGCACCCCCAUCAAUUGAACUGCCCUUUAUACAGAACAACAAUGAAAAAUUCACAAAUGGCAAAAGGCUGCUUUUCCCUCACUGACCCAACUGUGCUGUUUCUUGUUCUCUGAAUGACCCCAACUCCCAAAAGGCUUCUUCCUUGUCAUACUAUAUUAGGACCUGACUUUUGCUGAAACGUAUUUCACGUUGGACGCUGCGCACUUUCUGCACAGUCUGCUUGGACGGGUUCUCUUUAAGAGGAUGAAGCAGAUUAGGUGCCAAAUGAGUCUGUAUCUUAUCUCGGGCGUCCUCUAAUCUCGUCUUUAUCUGAGGAAAUGGUUUCUUGGUCUAAAGGAGAGAUGGUACGUUAAUGCACACUCCUCUCACUCCACACCUACAACCAGGCUAUAAAUACCAGCCGGGGUUUUGCGUUCUGGUUUCAAUUCACGAUGUCCGUUGCUCGGGACUUUCUCUUUUUCCUCGGCCGAGGCGUUGAAAGAAUUUCAAUUUCAGCUCGAAUGCAAAAGAAGGAUGGCGUUUAAAACGGUGGGAAAAAUCCAGUGAGGCAAUUGAGUUUUCCCUGACGCAGCAGAAGCGAGCAAGGCUCGAGUCUCAUCCCCUCCUGACCUUUUCAUCUCGAGCUUAUCUUGUCUUAAAAAUCCGGCAAGUGUACAGCUCGAUGCCUUUUCUUCUUCUUCUUGCUGCGUUUUUAGAGCCACGUGAGGCUCACUGAAUGUUUUCUCACUGCCGAAGUGCGCAAGUCAUUUGCAUCUCUCCAUCCCCCCCAGCACAGAGCGGAGGCUUUUGUGUGGGCAGGCUGUGCCGAGACGCUCCGAUUCUGCGGCAGCGCCAAGUUGGCCGAGGCGCGACCGCAUCUUGCGACGCGCUGCCGGCCUCCUUCGACGCCACCGCACACACGAGUCCGUCUCACUCAGAUGUGGGACGCGAUGCCGCGUUCGAGAAAUCCCUUCUCAAGUUAUCAGUUCAACUUUUCUCCAAAGGUUACACGGGGUUGAGCGGCCUGUCCCAAAUAAUUGACAGCCGUUUCCUUCGGCUUGUCCCGUGGGGGUUCGCCGCAGCGUGUCUUCUCAGAUGAAACGCUCAUAUUUGUUUGGCGCAGUUUUUACCGCCGCCGGAUGCCCUUCCUGACCCCUCACGGGGAGUCGAGGCCCCCAGAUACGAAUUCACGACCCCUGGUUUACCAGCUGUACGUAUUUAAAAAGAAAAAAAAACCCGACAGUACGUGAUAUGGUCGAUGUUUACAAGACAUGUCGAUUGGACAGCAAAUGUGGCAUCUGUAAAGCUGGCGCUGGAAGUGGUCGAUGAAGAGAAACACAAGACUCCCCACACAGCGUGCCAGCAGAUUCUUUGCACUUACACCUCCAUAUAAACACCUCAAAUGAAAUCUCUGGGCAGUCGUCGUAAAAUGGACUGACUGGACUAUUUCCGCAUUAGUAAAUGUUGCAACUUUAACUUACAUUAGCAAAAAAAAAAAAAGUCUUUGCUGCACAUGCCUGCCAACUGUAUAAUUUAACUUUUCAUGCAUUGUGGAUAUAACUGAAUAAACCCCCCACCUCCGUGUGUGUGUGUGUGUGUGUGUUGAGCAGACGGACAGUAGGAUGUAAGCCUCUUAACUGAGCGCUGACUCAGGACACGAGCAGUUUUGCAGCUCUGGAACAGACACACAAGCCGUGAAAAAAAACGAAAAAAAAAGUGAUGGUGAGAAGCAGCCAGGCCGAAAAUGUUCAUUUCACUUCGCCUACAAGAGAACAAUUUGGUAUAAUGGGAGACGGGCUUUGCCAUCAUCCUCCCCCUCACCGGGAGCGCGAAUGUGCCAUUUGGACUGCGUCACACAUGGUGACAACGCUGAUAAACCAAAGAGCAAUUCUGACAUUUCCGUCGUCAGUCUCGCGGUCAAGCAGUUACUUGUCGGGCAGGUUGUUGUUGUUUUCCCAGGUACGCGGUCGCUGAUUAGCGCUGAUUGUUAAAGCGGAGGCAUCACUGACUAAUCCAAUUUGAAACCCUCCGUUCUAAUUUGCUGCCCUCGCCGUGGAAACGCCAGCAAAAGCAUCCCGCCGACAAUGAGACGAGCAAUUCUCUGCAUUUUGGCUGUCUUCGUGCUAACGUACGCUCAAGGUGAGGAGCAGGAGCAGGAGCAGGAGCAGGAGCAGAGGACGGAGGCGGACGAUGAGGAGUGGCUGCAGUGUUUCCGUUGUGACCUCGGCUUCUGGGACGCCUGCUACACCACGGAAACCAACUGCAGCUUCGGGGAGCGAUGCUUCACGGGCCGCGGGAAGGCAGUCGACGUCCUGGACGUAAAGACACUGGGCUGUGCGAGGCCAGAGGAGUGUGAGGUGGAGACCACCGUGGAGCUCUUCUCCAACAACACCGUCUUUGUCAUGACCAAACACUGCUGCGACGGCCCCUUCUGCAACGCUGCGUUCAAGCCUGCGGCCGACGCGCUGUCGUGCGUCGCUGCAUCCUUCUUGCUGUGCUGGUGCGUUGCAGGGACGUCGACACACUGA